AUGCAGACAACCCUGUUCCCAUUCAUUGGCUCCGCCCAAAGGGUGGCGCUGCCAAUAAAACGUGAAACAGAGGCUACAAAAGACACAAUGAAGCAGCGGCGUGACGGAGAAUACGCUGAUUCAUAUCCUGUCGGUUCACAAGUGGCCAAAACACUGGCUUCGCAGCUUCGCCAUCUUCGCCCGCACCUCUGCAGUGGGUUUUUUGCGCAUUCCAAAUAUGGUCGUCGCUCGCACCCCUGGAACGCUUUCGCACUUGGCAAACCACCAGCAAUUCGCACUGUUGUCUCAAGCCUACACCCUGCUCGCAACAGCGACGAUGGGGAGCUGCUUGUCUCACCAGUGGACACGUUCAGGAAUUCCAUCCUGAGCACUGCGUGGGACCCCAGAGAUGAAUACAUCAUUGCUGCUCAACGCUCCGGUUUUCAGCUUUUCGGCGCGUCCUCGUGGCUCGAAGAUUGCAACGUCCCAUGCGAAACAUCGAAGCCAGUUCUGGAGCUCAAAUCGACCACGGUGCAAGCACGAUUAGGAGGAGAAAAUAGAAUCAGCUUUGGGCUCUUAGUGGCACAGUUUCUUGGCAGCUCAUUAAACACCAUUUGUGGCUAUAGUGGUGCUCAACAACUCGAUAUUUUUGACCUGGAGGACUUGGAUGAAGCAACAGGAGAGCCGCUCCGUACAUACAACCUUCGCGCAUUGCAAUUUGACAGCUGCUGUCCGCUUGUGAAUGGCAUCUCAGCAACCACCGCCGUAGUAACGGUGUCAGACACCGUUGCUGUCGCUGCGUUGUCCAAUGGCUGCACUGCUCUUGUCGAUGUACGGGCUGCAAGUCCUGUGCUUUGUACUGAGGCUCCGCCCCCACCUGCAAUUUUGAGUGCGUGUAACCCGGGCACGCGUCGAGUAGCGCAAGGAACAGCAAUCACGGCCGUUGAAGUAGCGGAUCGUAGCAAUUGUGUUCAGUUACUGACCGGGACCAAAGAUGGAAUGCUCGUACUCUGGGACUUGCGAAAGCGCAACGAACCUGUUGCAAUAAGUUCUGUUGGUGGGGAGAUCGAAGCGCUGCACGUUAUCGAUCCAUCAUUAUCGUGCAGGUGCGGUGCGCCGACGUUGUGGCUCAACACUGAUUCGGGUAAUAUUGCUUGCUUCUCAAUUGGUGUGUCGUCUUUUGAAGAAGUGACGCGUGUCAGCACCAGCGACUCGCGCCGCACUCAACUUUCAGCAAGCCUAUCACCACCAAAGCUGUCUGUUAUGCCACUGCUCGAUUGCCUUAUUUACCCACACAUUUCGUCAAACAGUAUUUUGUUUUACGAUAUCGGCCGCCCUAUCUCUGCGGCCGAAAGCCACUCUACCGCUGGUGUUUCGAAAUGUAGCCUCACCGGUGCACAGAAAAAUAAGCAAACAUCAUUUAUGGGCGACUUCAAGGCCGCUAGAGUGCUUCUGCCGGAGCGUGAGAGCGAUGACGACUGUGCGUUUUUGCCCUCUGAUUUGAAGAAGAGCACAUGGUCCCCAUCUCUUCUUUUCUCUUGCCCAUUUUCUGACUGGUCACACCAGCUAUGUAGCGUUUCUGCGUCAAACAAACACAGCACAAUUUGUGUCGGAGGUGAUGACGGCGAUUUACAUGUGCUCUUUGACUCUGCCUCAUAG